UGCCUAUUCUCAUCCAACUUGUGUGGGCAUAGGGUGGAGCAUCACACUGGUUCUUUUGAGAUGAAUUCUUGUAGAAUCCAGUGAAAAACGAAGCAUGUCACUUCUAUUUUUGUUUCAGUGUGAAGGCAUUUCGCCAUGAAGCCUACAAGAAGGAAUGUGAAGGAAAGACCAUGCAUCCCAGAUGUGGCGGAGACAGCGGCAGCGGCGGUGCCGCUCGGAUCACCAGCGAUCCAGAUCAAGGAGGAGGCCGUGGAUGAGGUGGUGACCGAGGCGCGGGUGCGGCCGGGCCAGCGGCGCGCCAUGCCGGCGCUGCUGCGCUGCUCGCGCUGCCCGGCACGCCUCACCAGCGACGACACUCGCCGCAAGCACGAGAUGACGCACGACGGCGCCAAGCCCGUCUACUGCGACCGCUGCGACGCGCGCUUCAUGACGCUGGGGGCGCUCAAGCUACACAUGAACACGCACACGGGCCGCAGGCCGUACGGCUGCGCCGACUGCGACAAGGCAUACGCUGACCCAAGCGUACUGCUGCGCCACCGGCGGACCCAUCACCAGGGCGUCAGGUACAAGUGUGAUAAGUGCCAGAAGAGCUACAUGACCACGGCCGGUCUGCACCAGCACCAGCGCGCGCGCCACGUGCCCGUCCAGCGCUGGCCCUGCCCGCUCUGCAGGAAGGUGUUCCCGCUGGAGAACUACAUGAACAAGCACCUGGAGACGACACACGUUAAACUGGAGCCGGACCAGAUGCCGCAGUGUCACAUCUGCGGCAAACGCUUCAAGUGGCAUAGUUACCUGGCCACACACGUGAAGAAGCACAGCGGAGCCCGGCCGUUCCCCUGCAGCCAUUGUGGCCGUCGCUUCUCGGAGGCCGGCCACCGACGCAUUCACGAGCUGACGCACGGCGACUACGCUAGCCGGCCGCACCAGUGCUCCGUCUGCCAGAAAAGGUUCGUGCAGCACGGUGCCCUCUCCCGUCACUUGCGCGUGCACACGGGCGAGAAGCCGUACAAGUGCCAGCAGUGCCCAUCGGCCUUCGGCGACCAGAGCGCUCUGAUCCGCCACAGGCGUGUACACAGACCGGCCGGCGCCGCCGGCAAGACGCGGCGCUCCUCUCGUCGGACGGACGCCGCGGCCACCGAGAGCUCCGGCUAAACACGCCGGACCGCUCAGGCCAACAGUCAUGUGGCUCCUGUAGUGGCUGCCAGUCUGACCGGGCGAGGAGCGGCUUUACGUAGUGGCUUCCAGUCUGACCCGGUCAUCGGGGAUCUGGCGUGGUGAAGGAUGACUGCAGGGCCCCCAGCGACGCCUUACGGUAAGCAGCUGCCAUGCCUGGUCAUCACGAGAGUCGCGCUGUGAAUGGUACCUAUUGCUAGUCGCUAUCGGCACCGCGCUGUGAAGGGGUGACGCCACCAGGCUACUCCUGCUCCUAGACUGAUAACGGUAGAGCCUGUACAGUCGUCGGCGUCAAUGUCUGGCGAGUAACAGCUGCUAGUCUACAGCGGCGCUGCGUGAAAACUGGCGUCUGUUCCCGCUCAGCUCUGGCUAAGCAUUCCUAAUGAAUCCAGGUGAUCCGGUAGGAGGAAAAGUGAUUCGAGGUGGGAUCACUGCCCCGCUGUCCAGUGGGGUGUCAAUCUGGUUGUUAACUGUAUCCAGCUCUCGGUCGUGUUUGGCUAUGCGUAGGUGGUGUUGGUGUGAGCUCAGGGAGCUGGCAUUAUCUUUUGUUGGGCUUAGUCUGGCAUUAGUAUGGCAACGCACAGCCCAGUGAUUACCAGUUGUAGCAGCUUAUUUUUUUUUAGCAGCAGCAGCAUUUACUUACCGCAUUCGUUCGGUACGCGUCAAUCAUUAUCUCAGUUUCUGAGAGUAGUUGUUUGUUGUCCGUUAGCGUUAUCGUGCCAGCUGUGUGGUUCGUUGUGCUCGUAGGCGGGUGAUCUCAUUGUUGCGUACGUCAGGCGAUUCGAACGCCAACGGCCGAUAGUAUGGUGGCCCUGGUCCGGUGGCAGCUGCCUGAGGCUGACAGGAUGCGGUACAAGCUCUGCCACUCAUGUUGUGCAUAGGCGGCUGGCUAAAACGUGCCAAAUAGUCCGAACGACUUCUGAUUUAUUCGUAGUCUGUGCGAUUUUGCGGGGACUGAUCCAGGACGUCAGAUGAGAACAGCUUCUUGCCUGGGACGUUUUCUAAUGAAUGUUCAUCGUUGAUCUUAUGCGCAACGUGGAUAUUGCUGAACAGAAACGUGUCGCACGUGUCGCUUGGUUAGUCUGAUCUUCGACUAGGGAUCAGCCGGUGGUGCGGUGGGUGUGACAUACGUUACGUGGUUGGUGACUGCUGCCACGAGGUCGUGGCUCCUGCGACUGGGAGGCGCGCACGGCAGGAACUCGCCUGGCUCCAUUGGCGUUUAAAUGCGUGCGUCAGCUUGAUGUAGACUCCUUAUGAUGCGACCUCCUGAUGUGACUUGUGACCCUGAUAUGACUCCUUGAUGUGAUCCUCCUUUGUGUCGCGGCUCUUAAGAUGCCGAGCGGCGUGUGUCGCGGCUCCUGUGAUGCCGAGUGGCGUGCGUCGCGGCUCCUGUGAUGCCGAGUGGCGUGUGUCGCGGCUCCUGUGAUGCCGAGUGGCGUGCGUCGCGGCUCCUGUGAUGCCGAGUGGCGUGUGUCACAGCUCCUGUGAUGCCGAGCGGCGUGCUUGGUGUGUCGAGGUCCGGGGAGGGGAGGCGUCCGCCUGCUCUCACCGAGCCUCGGCGGCGCUUGGUGGACAGCUGUGCUCAGGUUCAGCGCCAACCCUUCGUUCUGGAUGCUAGACCAGGCUCCACGCUCUGCCCACAAUCGGCAAACUGGGCGAUGUGACCUUUAGGGAGCGCAGGCGAACUCUCGCCAUAGGCGUCUCGGUGCGUCGCUUCUUACGAGCGUGAAAACGUUGCACUGAUUUCAUCAUCAGCUUCACCGAGUGGCGGGUUAUUUUGUCACCAAUCUAACGUUUGUUACGUUUUGUUGGAAUACAUUUCGGCGGAAGUUGACAG